AUGGACGUUGUUCAGCCACAUUUAACUGUGAGGACGUCCUUCAUCUUAAUACUUCUGAGUCUGCUCCAAAUGUCCAGCGGGGAACUCUGUUCUGUUCCUUUAUCUGUGAAGUUUAAAGAAAACAACAAAGUGGAUGAUCUUGUGACAACGAUAACUGUGCAACAGGGGGUCACCCUGGAGCUCGAGCCCCCCUCCAACAUCAAAUUCAAGCUCAGAGGAAACGAGCUGUUAGCUGCAGAGGUGUUUGACUUUGAGAAUGGCGAUUCAACACAAGCCCUGAUCAUCUGCACUGACCCAACUUCAGGCUCUACGUUAAGACUCAGAAUUUCGGUAACUCUGGAAAAUGUGAAUGAUAACCCUCCAGUCUUUGACCAAAGCCUCUACCAAGUCAGCGUCAGUGAGAUGUCCCCUGUAGGAACAACAGUUGGUAAUUUUGCUGCCACAGACCGAGACCAACUAAACCAGCUCUUCUACACUCUGACACCUGAAUCUCAAAACAGCUUUAAACUGAAGUCACCCACCACCCCUGACCUCAUCAUCAUGUCGCCUCUCGACUAUGAUACAGUCAAAAAUGUAAACUUGGAGUUGUACGCUCAGGACACACCAUUGACAACAACAGAUAACAGAACCUCUUUCACUGCCUCCACCACCAUCACGGUCACCAUCUUAGAUGCGGACAACAGGCCACCAUGGUUCCAGCCAUGCAACAAGACCGUGAUAGAAACUGUGACUAUCUGCCAGAGUCAAGGAUACACUGGCAGAGUUUUGAUAAAUGAACAAGAGAACGGAACAUUAACGCUGAAACCAGGACCACUCUAUGCCAUUGAUGGAGACACCGGGAUAAAUGAGGGGAUGACAUACACGUUUAUUAAUGGAAACGGUGGGAAUCUGUUUGAGAUUAACGCAAACACAGGGAACAUCAGCAUGUUGAAGCCGGCUAAAGUGGAGGGUACAAUCAAUCUGAUAGUGAUGGCCGCCCAGAGUAGUAACAGAAAUCAGUUUGCCACCACCCCUGUCACUAUCAGUGUUCAGGUGAAGAGCCUCCACCCUCCAAAGUUUCAGAAGCCUCUGUACGAGGGGGUCGUCAGUUCAAUGGGCUCCAUGGCCAUGGAUGGAGAUACGCCGCUGUACAUCCACGCAACAGAUGAAGACUACAGUGAGGUUACAAAUCCUCACAUCGUGUACACCAUUAGUGGGAGCAGUGAUUUCACUAUCAUUAACAGCUAUUUAUUCAUGACUAAGGAUCUCCCAGCCAGCACAUUAACCCUACAAGUGGUCGCAACAGACGGGUCAAACGAUCAAUCUGAUACAGCUCAGCUCAUUGUGCAGGUGAUAUCAGGUCUCACCACCACCAGUUUCCCUUUGAGCACCACAAACAUUAUGACCACAACGCCCCUAGGGGAACCCACCACCUACAGCAAGACCACUGAGGAUAUUGUGUCCACCACCAACCCAAAUGUGACCACUGACAGCAUCUCAACUGCCAUCCCCAGCACCAGUGCAAGCAUAUUCUCCACCACACACCCUAGUAUGUCCACUGCCACUGAAGGCAGCGAUUCAACCACUAAAACCAGUAUAACCACUGAAGGAAGCGUCUCCCCUGGCAGCACAGCUCAUCCCCCCACAGUUAUCAUAGCAUCAGGCAGCUAUGAUCAGGAGGACAUGAUAGCCCUCGGUGUGACACUGGGUGUCCUGCUGCUUGUCUGUCUGGUGGUCAUCGGUGUGCUCAGCCAUCGCAUGAGGAAAGGCAAAGCAGACUGGAAGAAGAUCUACGAAGUCAGCCUGUUUCAGAGCUCUCUGGGUCAAAGCUCAGGUGGUCGGAAGAAGGGUGUCCAAUACACCAAUGAGGCCUUCCAGAAUGAUGAAGAUGGAGGAAGCACAGGCUCUAGUGGCCCAGAAGGGGGAGUGAGUGUGGAGGCCAUUGUUAAGUCUUCACUGCCACUGCACGCCCUCCUGCCAGAUGAUACCAUGGAGGGCUUAGACACGGCCGAAAAUGAGAAGGAGGUGAAACCCAUCCUGACCAAAGAGAGGCGCAUGGAGGAGGGAUACAAGGCAGUUUGGUUUAAGGAGGACAUCGACCCCAAUGCCAAGGAGGAGGUGGUGAUUAUCCCAGACAGAAGAGAGGAUGACAGUGAUGAGGAAGACGAACCUGUCAACAAAACCCCAAAAGUAAAUUUCGAUGACACAGAUCUGGACAGCGGACUUGGUGUAAAGAUGGGGGAUCAGCCAGAGGACUCAGAUGAUGAUGAAGAGAUUACUUCUGAUCUGUGAGAGGAGAUGAAUGACAG